AUGAAUCAGCUGCUGCUGCACAUGAACUCCGUGCACCAAGCUGAUCCAGCUGAUUCAUAUUUUGGAGAAAGGAUCCAGCGUUAACCUGUCUUUGUGUUAGGAUUGCUUCACAUCCCCUACUGACCUUAUUUUAUGGUUUGUAUUCUUUGAUUGGAUUAAUGCUCCAGCUCUGUUUGUGUCCAUCUUUCCACAGAUGCAGGAUCUGCAGAUCUCCACAUUGUGGACUUAAUAUAUUAUCUAUUCUCUCUCCAGAUCCCCUCGAGCGGUCCCAUCAUGCGUCUCCUCUAUAUGUUGUUCCUGGUGGUGAAUGUAUCACCGUCACCCACCCCCUCCAUGGUCCUGCCCUUCCAGCAGAGGGGCCUUGCUGACCUGGGGAAGACCGUAGACGUGAAGAGCCUGAUGGAGAUGAUGAUGAGUGAUGGAGAGGAAGGAUCAGGCUUUGAGGAACUGAUCACUGAUGAGCAGCCAAAGUGUCCGUUUGAGUGUCAGUGUAGUCUGAAGGUGGUGCAGUGUUCUGACCUGGGUGAGUGUUUGUGCUGUGCGUUAACACACACACACACACACACACACACACACACACACACACACACACACACACACACACACACACAGCUCCAUAUUUAUGGUCCACUUUCCAUUUUUGAAGCAAAGUAUAUACUUGACAAAGUGCAGCGUACUCUCUCUGACCAUAGGCCACAAAACACUACCGUGUGUUUAUCUGAUUACAGAAUGGGCCUCUUUUUUGGAAAUACUCUCCGACCACUAACAGCUCCGACUUUAAAAUAGCUGAUCUGUCAAAAACACCAGUUUUAGAUCAACUUGAGCUUCAUUUCAUUCAAAUUAAACCUUUAUAUAAGCCCCAGAAACUCUUUGAGGUUUCCCUCAUUUGUGAUAAUUUGAAAAUAAGGACAAAUGCUUAAAGCAAGAAAGGAUAAACAAGUGAUUACCGGGCUGUAAGGGUUUGAGAUCAUCAUCCUCAGUGGUAAAGAGAAAAUGAACCUGUUUAUCCCGUGGGCUACUGAGCUCAUUCAAAUAGCAUAAACAGAUAGUUGAAUAAAAAAUCAGUUAAUCCAAUUUUAAACUUGAGUUUGUGUAGUCAAUAAAUUUGGGAGUAGGAAUGGGGAUAAUGUUUAUCUAAAGAUGCGAAGGAUGCAAAGAUAGAAGAUUCUGAUGGUGUGAUUAUCAUCUGCAUUAUCAUCACAAGUAUCAGAAUUAUCCGUUUUUAUCCAAUCAUUAAUUUCACAGCAUUUCUUAUGUACAAAAACCCUCAUGAAUGUCUUUUUUGAAAAUUCUAUUGUGUUAGCAAAAAAAGAAAAAGAGUUGUUCAUUUCAGUUUAAAAACAUAAAUUUGAAAUGAGCUAGUCAUAGAUCAAAACUUUAAAGAGGACUGUUUACAGAGCGAUACAAUAGGAUACAAAAGGACACAAUACGAUAUAAUAGGAUACUGUAAAAAAAAACAUUGAGAUAAGAAAAAAUACAAUAUCAAAUGAUGUGAUAUGUUACAAUAUGGUAGAUACAUUAUGAUACCACUGUAUAUGAGACAAUAUGGUAUGAUAUGACUCAGUAUAAAACAAUACAAUAUGCUUUGAUAUGGUACAAUAUGUAAGGGUUCAACAUGAUAUGGUGUGAUAUGAUACCAUGUGGUAAAAUAUGAUAUAUCAUUGAAUGUAAAACUAUUUGACACCAUAUAUCAUGCUAUAAUACAAUCAAUGUCAUUAUUUUCUUGCAAUAGGACAUGAUAUAAUAUAUUAUGAUCCAGCACAACUAAUUAAAAUCUGAUAGGUUAUGAUAUCAUAUGAUAUGAUAUACUUUUUGGGAAAUGUGUCUUGCACCCAAGUGCUGAACAUGUUGAAUUUCACCCACAAUAGUACUGGUAAAUAAAUAGAAUAAUACAUAUAUGGUGACACCCCUUACUGGGCAUCAAAAAGUCUUUCUAAAACCAGUAGUCUAUGUCGUUAAACUACAUCCAAGUUUUAUAGAAGUUGUUAGAGAUACAUUUUUAAUUUUAAUGGAUACUUUUUAUUUACUUUCACUUGUUGCGAGUAUUUUUAGAUUGUAGGAAAAAAAAAAAAAAAAAAAAGAAAACAAUGUGAAAGUCUUGGUGCUGGGAAUGCCAACACAUACUGAACAGUUUACAGCAGCAGCCCCAGUGUGCCAUAUCCUUGUGGUACACCCCAUAUUAUAAUUGUAUUAAAUGUCAGCACUGACCUCUGAGUGAAGCCCCUCUGCUUUUUUCUACUUUUAGGUUUAUAUUAUGUGCCUCAUGACAUUCCUCCUGAUACCAGACUGCUGGACCUACAGGGCAACUACAUCACCGAGAUCAGAGAGAACGACUUUAAGGGACUGAACAACCUCUAUGUAAGAGCCAACGAGUCCUUUCAACAAUACAACACCAAAGUUUUUAUAUCCUCCAAAACAACCCAUAGUUUGUGAUUGUACCAACAGAAAUAUAUUAAAGUAGAAUCAAUGCCCAAAGACAGGGGAUAUGUAGACCUCAGGGCAGCAGAAUAAAGUCCCAGAAACCAGCCUUCAGAGAGUUGCAGGAAUGAUCUAUAUAUAUUUUUAAACUGAGAUCAACAAAGACUACACUAUGGUAGUCAUGACCCAGAACCCUGUGCCAGAGACCCAGAAGAGUUACACUUGCACACAGCCCCAGGACUAGACCUCAGAAUCACCACAAGAACUCUGAUUACCCAUUUUCUCUGACCAUUUCUAUCUUCUGCUUUCACAGGCUCUGGUGUUGGUGAACAAUCAGAUCUCCAAGAUCCACCCUCGUGCCUUCCUGCCUCUUGAGCGAAUGCAGAAACUCUAUUUGUCCCACAACCUGCUGACCGCCAUCCCCAAGAACCUCCCUAGAUCCUUAGAGGAGCUACGUAUCCAUGACAACCGCAUCAAGAAAAUAGCAUCAGGGGCUUUCUCUGGAUUGUACGGCAUGAACUGUAUCGGUAAGACCUCCCUCCAAAUAUCAAAUAGAGCAGCUUUUGACCAAUGAAGUUAAAAGCGACUUUUUGUGAAAGUUGCAGAUUUGCAAGUAAUUGUUUAUUUCUAAAUGACAGAGUUGGGACGUAAUCCCAUCAGAAACAGCGGUUUGGAGGCUGGUGCAUUUGAUGGACUGAGAGUAAAAUACAUGAGGAUUUCAGAAGCCAAACUCACAAGUGUUCCCAAAGGUAACAGUUAUUGUUAGUUAACAUUUACAUGUUCAGCUUUCCUGAUGGUUUAGUAUAAACUGGCAGUGAACAUCAGCUCUGAGAGCUCAUUAAGAAAAUUAAAAAGGUGUCAAAUGAAAGAACCGACAUUCUUUAUCAACUACUGUGCUUUUCUCCCACAUGUCAGAUCUACCUUUUAACCUCAAAGAGUUACAUCUGGACCAAAAUCAAAUCAAGGCCAUCCAUGUAGAGGACCUGAUGCAGUAUGGAGAGUUGUACAGGUGAGUCUUUUAGGUGAGAUUACAUUAUCUUUAAACAGAGAUUUUUUAUUAUUAUUGAUCUAUAUUCACCAAGGAGGUGACACUUUUGGUCCAGUUUGUUAGUGGUUUUAUUAGCCUGGUCAUUUCAAGAUUACAGGCCUGACGUUCAUCAAACUUGGUGGAUGGAUGAAGCAUUAAAAAAGCAACAACUCACUUACAAACAACGAUAGUGGAUCCAUUUCAGUGACACAAUCAAAUUAAUCUGAGUAUUAUUUAUGUUGUAUCUAUGUGUUUUUUGGACCCCCUUGAAAAUGAGAUGCUGUGUCUCAAGGGGCUGUCCCUAAAUAAAUUCAAAUAAUUGAAAUUUUUGACAUCUAUAAACACCCAGCCAACAUGUCCAAGUGGGACCAAAUCAUCUCUGCAAGGCUUAGCUGGUCUUAAAUUUGUCUUGGGUGUGAACUGGAUAUCAGUUAGGUUGUUGUUUUAAAGAUCCAUUAGGAAAACCCUGGGGAAAACUACAGGGCGAUAUUUAGUUGAUCCCAAAUGGCCUACAUCCGUCCAUUAUGGGACCUACAUGGAUCAAUUUUAUGGCCCCUUGUUGACCCAGAAGGGACUUAAACAGGAACAUUGGGCCAUUGGCUGCACUCAACCAAGUAUCCAUGUUGAAGGAGAUGUCAGUUUCGGUACAUCCCACUGGAGCUCCAACUGGCCAUGCUGAAACCUCAACCAUUGCUCUGUAGUCUGUCCUCGAUCUGCAUGUCUUUAUACAAUAAGCGUCCAUCUCACCAUGUCUGAUAUUCUGAUCGUGUUUGUGUCUGAUCUUUCUUCCUGGUACAGACUGGGCCUCGGGUUCAACAAGAUCACCAACAUUGAACGUGGAAGUCUGUUUUAUGUUGACAACCUCAGGGAGCUUCACCUGGACAAUAACCUGCUGACCCAUGUCCCUGAUGGCCUCGCACAGAUGAAGCACCUGCAGGUGAGGUGCAAAUGUAGCCCUAACAGAGAGUGGACAAGAAUACAGACCUAUGUUGUUUCACCGCUCUGCAUUAGUAUUAAAAUCUGACAUUGUGCACAGCAGGUUAGCACCGUAUACAAUCAUGUGUUGAGUCUGGGCCUAGGAGGUACAGCCUGUUUCUCCGCAGGGUUUAGACACUUGUCCAUUGGGUCCGCUAUAUAUACGCCUUGUUAUGUUAUCGUAGGAGCAGACAUGGCAUCUGCCAUUGCGUUUUAUGCCAGAGUGUUAAUAAUAUAACCUCCUGUACUGACCUCAAUAAAUAAGUGAAAGGUUCAAGAGUAAAGGAAUAACGAUCGACAUAAACCACCCCUCUCGAUCAGAAUACAAUUUCUUUCCGAGUGAGCUGAAUUGGAUCAGAGUCUUCCGAUCGAUAUGUUUACAUGAUGUAUUUUUAUUCCGAUCAGGCCUUAAUUCUGAUUAUUUGUGCCUAUGUAAACGCAGCUAGUGAGACCUUGCAGAAGACAGUUCAUGCUCACCUCUAUACCCGUUUUCUCCACCAGGUGAUCUACCUGCACUCAAACAACAUCAGCAGUGUUGAUGUCAACGACUUCUGUCCAAAGCCUUUCAGCAUGAAGAGGACUUUAUAUAACGGCAUCAGUCUGUUUGAUAACCCCAUCAACUACUGGGAGAUUCAGCCUUCAACCUUUCACUGUGUCAGCAGCAGCAGGGCCAUUCACUUUGGAAACAAUAUGUAG